GGGAAUCGGCCUUAUAAAUGAGAAACGUAAACAGACGAAAACGAAACGAAAUGUAAAACAACGUGGUAAAAAAAAAAAUUGUGGAAAUGUCUAAGGCCUCAGUUGCACACGUUAUCCAAGACAAGUACAGGACAGGGGAUGUUCUUAUUAAUGAAAAUGUAGAUUUUUCCGGAUUGCUUUUGUCAGCUAAUGUUUUACAAGGGCUCCAAAAAGCAGGCUUUCAGCGCCCAUCUCCCAUACAGCUGAAAGCAAUACCACUUGGACGAUGUGGUUUAGAUCUGAUUGUACAGGCAAAGUCAGGAACUGGAAAAACAUGUGUAUUUUCUGUUAUUGCUUUGGAAGGACUGCAAACUGAAAGUUAUGCAUUGCAGGUGCUUGUCCUAGCCCCUACCAGGGAGAUUGCCAUUCAGAUAUGGGAUGUGAUCUGUUCCAUAGGACAAUGUAUACCUACCCUGAAGUGCCACACCUUUAUAGGGGGAAUGCCUGUCACAGAAGAUAAACAGAAACUCAAGAAAUGUCACAUUGCUGUAGGAACUCCAGGUAGAAUAAAACAACUGAUAGAAACUGGCAUCAUGAACACUGACAGUAUUCGUAUGUUUGUACUGGACGAAGCUGAUAAACUAUUAGAGGAAAGCUUCCAAGAACAGAUCAAUUGGAUCUACUCUGCACUCCCCGAGAACAAACAGAUGUUAGCCUUGUCAGCCACUUACCCAGAAUACCUGGCACAGCACCUGACCAGUUAUAUGAGGAACCCCACAUUUCUGAGGCUCAACAUCUCUGAUCCUGCUCUGCUUGGAAUUAAACAGUUCAGAAAAGUGGUGACUUAUCAUGCUUUGCCUAACAAAGUGUUUGACAACAAAACCAAAGUUGUGAUAGAGUUAUUGUCCUCGGUUAAUUUCCAGCAGUGUUUGAUCUUCUCCAACCUCCAAACAAGGGCCCAAAAUAUGGCGGAUGCCUUGAUCAGUCAUGGUUGGCCGACAGCCUGUAUUGCAGGAAGUCACGACCAGAGAGACAGGAAUGAGGCGAUGAGUCAGCUGAAGACAUACAAAUGUAGAGUUCUCAUCUCCACUGAUUUAACAUCAAGAGGAAUUGAUGCAGAUAAAGUAAAUAUGGUGAUAAAUCUUGAUGUUCCAAAGGACCAUGAAACUUAUCUACACAGGAUUGGGAGAGCUGGAAGAUUUGGGACUUUUGGUGCAGCAGUGAAUAUUGUCAGCCAUGGUCAAGAGGAAAAGGAGUUAAAUAAAGUGGAGAAGAAAUGUAAUACACACAUCAAGGACCUACCAGAUCCCAUUCCCAGUACACUGACAAAGAGUGAGGGGACAUUUAACCUUGAUGAUAUGGUGUCAACAGAACAGAUCAUCACAGAUCACACUCGAAUAUCACCAAAGAAGAUGGAUGUCACAGAAAAUCAAAACAGUCUGAAAGAAAACUCAAAACAACAGAAUAUUUCAAACAGGCAUUCACAGAAAAGUGCAGGAAGAAAACAUUUACAAAACUUGGAGUCUGAAUUUGAGCAGAAGCAUUGGAGAAAUAAGAAGAAGGAGAUACCUGUAAGGGCAGAGGUUGAGUCAGAGAAAGGAAAUGAGAAUUUUUCUGAGCCCCUUGAAAUGAAAAAUGACAUUGGGUUUCCAUCAGCAAAUGAGAGGGGUGAUUUUAAGGUUAGUGCUUUUGAGUCCUUGAGUGGUCCUUUCCAAGGAAAUAUUCUGCAAGAAGAGGACAGUCCAUAUGAUGUUCAUCAAAGUUAUAAUGAUCAAAGGAAAAUAAAACAAGGCAUAGAGGUAUGUGCUAAACCUGCAGAAAUUUGUGAAGAACGUGAAAUGCCAAAGAAAACAAGUCCCAAGAAAAAGGAUAAAGAGAAGGCAAUAAAAAUGUGUAUACCCCAACUUGAAGAAUUUCUGUGCCAUAAAGAUAAACAAAGUUCCAAAAGUUAUGAGGAGAAGGAAAGAGAAUAUAAAAAAUAUCUUGAAGAGAGAGAAACAUCAUAUGAGAGAGGAGAAAUAACGAUUAAACCAACUCCUUUUGUAUGGAAAGAAGGAGAAAAAGAACAGUUACUAUCAAUGAUAGACACUCUACUUUCUAUAGAUGACCACUGUGAAUUCUCAGAAGAAGAGGAGCAGGAAGAUAGAAAAGACAAUACAAGCACAGCAACUCAAACAGAGGGCUUUGUUUUCCUUCCAAGUGUGAAUGAUGGAUAUACAUCCUGUGGACAAAAGCAGAUGAAGAAAGACAGUGGAAGAAGUAAAUCACAAAAGAAGGAUGUAUCAGAAAAUAGUGAAAACACUUGGCAACCGAUAAAUAGGUCAGGAUUUUUAAAGGAUGACAAAAAGGAUAUUGAACAUAUUAAGUAUUGUGAUUAUAUUGAUGAGAGUGAGGAAGAACAUGAACAUGAUUAUAGAAAUGGUGAGGUGUGUUCAGAUGAGGAGGAACAUUUUGAGGAUGAGGAAAAUGAUGAUUAUGAUGAUCAGUGUGAGGAAGAUGAUGAUUUUUCUGAUGAACAAUCUGAGGUUGAUGAGGAAGCUUAUGAAGAGCCAAACUGUCCCCCUACAGGUUGUCCUGAAUGGAACAAUCCUUGGUCCCCCUACGUGUACCCCCCUCCAUAUAUGUAUAAUCCAUAUUUCAGCAUGCCAUAUGCCUCUCACCAACAGAUGACACAUGCACAAAGGACGCAAAUGUUUAAUUCUCAUUUAGCUUUAGCACAACAGCAGCAAAACCAUUAUCUUUCGGCCAUGCUUGCAAAUUUCUACCAACAUAAUGCCUGAAUAAAGAUAUAUU